GAAGGGCUCUAGAGUUUUUCUAAGCUGUGAAGCUCUAUCACAAUUUGGCCCUAUUCAGCCAUGACUCUUCAAUCUCUUCCUCUGUCCCGAUGAAAGACUCAGUGCAAGCGUUUCCGGCCAUCACUGAACAGGAAUUUUCUCAGGCAUGCGGCGCAUUGGAACAGAGGAGCUCGGACAAGAUCAGCGAUACGGAUUGGUUGAGAGUGAGGUGGACUGGUGAAGAACUGUUGAUCAGAGCAAAACGGAAGAGGACCUGCAAAGGAGAAGCUCCCAGUGACAACAUUGACGCACAAAGCGAUGAGCGCUUUGAGACUGGUAUAGAAGACUGUGUCGUUGGAGAUAGCUUUUUGCCGAAGGUUGACAGCUUGGAGUCUCUCAUUGUUGACUUCUCCAUUACCUUGUCUCCAAUCUAUUCUGUACCAGUUCUCUGGUUUGCAUGCCGAAAUGGCCAAGAUAACAAGGCGUUGAGUUUGGAGCAAGUUUAUGAAUGGUUGGUGCCGGAACCGUCACUCGCUUCAUUGCAUGAAGUUGGCGUUAUGGGGGGUAUCAGUAUGGCGGUAGGUCAAGACCGCUGUGAUACCUUCCAGGCUCUGAUUCUUCCCGCAGCACCAUCCUGUCUCAGAUCGGCCGGCCUUCUUCUUACACCCAUGUAACACACAAGGCGCCCUUUCAGCUCUUAAACCCAUGUCUCUGUCUCCGGAGGAAUAUCUUAUACUUUGGCUGGGGUUGAUUGGGUCUGCUGUGGGCCUGCAUGUUCCGAGUAAGCUUAUGAGCACCUAGGGCAGAAGUAUUCUCCCCCAACCUUUCACCUAGCUCCGCCUUGGCUGUCCGCCUGGUAUGGUAUCGCCUGGGCCGCAAGCAGGUGUUUGAUCCGGUUUCCUAUUCCCCUAGGCGAGGUAUUCGACGGCCUUUGGAACG